GAUGUCUUUCGUCACCAGGAACCUGCGCCAUGUUGCCACUAAUUCUUCUCCUGGUCGCUUCCGGUGCAACCGGAGAUGACCAGUCUACUAAGUUUGAGUUGAUGCAGCACUGGGACAACAACUUCGAGGGCAAGUUCUGCUUCAAACUGGCGACCGCCUCGGUCGGCUGGGAACUGGACAUCACCUUCAACGUACCAGUGCAGGGGAUUCAGCAAUGGGACGGCGACUUCAUUCACGGGUCGAAUUCAGGGUGUUCCGACAAAUACGCCAUGGUCAACAAGGGGUCGAAGGGUAUCCACGCUGCCGGGGAUUCUGUAUGCGUGCGCAUGAUGGGGAAGACAUGUGGUAGUGGUGGUGCUCCCACCGGAACUGGUAUCCUGAAGGAUCUCUCAAAUGACCACCAGACUCUGCCUAAGAUCCCCCACGUAGCAGGUGCACAAAGCACCAAGUACAACUACGCAGAGGUUUUGAUGAAGUCCAUCCUGUUCUACGAAGCGCAGCGAUCCGGUAAACUUCCGGCAAGUAACCGCAUCCCAUGGAGAGCUGACUCCGCCCUUGGUGACAAGGGGGCCAGUGGGGAGUAUCUCACUGGCGGCUGGUAUGACGCUGGAGAUAACGUUAAGUUCAACUUCCCGAUGGCGUGGAGUACGACGGUGUUGACGUGGGGGCUGUUGAUGUAUAAGGAUGCCUAUGUCAAGUCUGGUCAGCUCGACUGGAUGUACCAAAGCAUCAAGUGGCCUCUGGACUACUUCAUCAAGUGCCACACCAAACCCAACGAGCUGUAUGUCCAGGUUGGCGAUGGCGGUAUUGACCACGGCUCUUGGACCAGCCCAGAGCGCAUGACCGGAAAGAGACCCUCCUUCAAAAUCAGCGCUUCUUGUCCCGGAUCUGACAUUGCCAUGGAAACCGCUGCUGCAAUGGCUGCUGGUUCCAUUGCCUUCAAGCAGAAAGGAGAUACUGCAUAUGCCAGCACACUCCUGACCCAUGCGAAGCAGCUGUUUGAGUUUGGAAAGGCCUACCCUGGUAAAUACAGCGACUGCGUCAGCGCCGCGGCUGCAUAUUACAAGUCCCAGGACGACGAGGACGAGUUCAGCUGGGGAGGGAUGUGGCUGUACAAGGCUACUGGAGAUCAGACCUACCUGGACUUCGCUGAGAAACACUUCGUGAACAAAACCGCCUGGGGGUUCUCCUGGGAUGAAAAGAUCGGCGGUGCUAAUAUGCUUUUGUACAUUGAAACAAAGAAGGACAUCUACAAGAAGACAAUUGUGGGAACUUUCCAGGAUUGGUUCCCCGGUGGUAGCGUCACAUACUCCCCUAAAUGUCUGGCCUUCAGGUUACAGUGGGGCGCCCUCAGAUACGCCUCCAACACGGCUCUUCUGGCGCUUGUCGCUGCUGACGCCGGCAUCGACCCUGUAAAUAACCGAAAGUGGGCCAUGUCUCAGAUCAACUACGCCCUCGGUGACGCCGGGCGCAGCUACGUCAUCGGCUUCGGCACCAACCCACCACGACGUCCCCACCACCGAGCAGCGUCGUGCCCCAGCCUGCCUGCCCCGUGUGGGUGGGACGAACAGCAGAUGAAGGUGCCCGACCCCCACACCCUGUACGGCGCCAUGGUAGGCGGCCCUGGUAAGAGCGACGGCUACGUCGACGACAGGGGCGACUACGUCAAGAAUGAGGUGGCGUGUGACUACAACGCUGGAUUCCAGUCCGCCGUUGCAGGUUUGGAACAUCUUGCCAUAGCCAAGGAACUGCCGUCAACAUACAAGGAUGUGUGCCCAUAGGAAUAAAUGUAUAUAAUUGA